AUGCGGCUUCAACACUGCUGUUAUGUGCAAUCAGUUGGUAAAAUUCCAAAUUAUAAAAAUAAACCAUCAUCAACAAAUUUUCAAUCAGAAGAUGUUGAAAAGUAUCUUGAAGCAGCGAUUCUUUAUCAAAAUGCCACUGAGCUUCUUCAAAAACGUGAAGAAUAUGCUGUUGUUGAAGAUGACUUUGGACCAACACUUACUAAAAUGUUGAUUCGUGGAAAAAAAACCAUCAUUUUCAAAUCUAGUAGACGCAUGUAG